AUGUCCUAUCCGACUGGCCAAGUUUUCUACCCAGCUCAGCCAGUUUAUGGAGCUCCCACUUACAUUCAACAGCCUGGCUACGACUAUAAGCAACCUUAUAACGGGUGAGUCUUGUUUUGGAAAACUGUAAAGUGCGGAUGGUAGCUGGGACAUGGUUAUUCUUGAAACAAUCCUUUUUAGAGAGGGAAGUUUUUGAAUUUCUCUGGAAAAAAAAUUCUUUUUAAGACUCCCAUGCGCUUUUACCUGCACACAGAUACAAAAAACAAUCCGCCAUAAAAAUAAUUUUUUUAAAAUCUUCCUCAAAAAAGGUGAACUAGUAUAUUUUUUUGUUUAUUUUACGAAAUGAAUAAUAAAAAUGAGAUAACAAAACUGAGCUUUGCGAGCUGAAGAGUACAGAAAAUUAAGAGACGCAGAUCUCUUUUUCUCUGGUCUCUCUUCAGUUCCCGCGUUGAUUCGCUUGUAAAUUAUUUUGUUAAUAAGUCCUCAACUUUUUAAAUGAGCGUGAUAUUUUGCAUUUUUUUUCUUUCAAAUUAGGCCGAAAAGCCUUACCUAUUCACUUCCAGAUACCAACAACCACCAAGCAAUCCUUGCGGCUGCUGCGAAUGCUGCGGCUGCUGCUGUACCUCGAUUUUCGCCUGCUGCGUUGGCCUGAGCUGCCUGGCUUGCUGUGAUAUUUGCAAUUGAGAUAUGUAUUCUCGAUGAAUUGGUCGCACGCGGAAUGGCUCUAUGCGUUGCGGUCGAGUUGCGUCUCCUUGAAGCUGCGCCAGACGCGUAA